ACCGCUUCCCCGUCCCGUGCCCGCCACUUUCUCGAUCGUCUUCUCUUGCCGCGUCGCCCACGCCGGCGGGGAAGCAGAGGAGCGAGCUCGCCGCAGAUCCCGACGCAGCAAGUCAAACCCCCUCCGGGGGGCGCGCCGCGCGCGAUAAUAGUAGUCUUCUACUACUAGUGUGGAUCUCCCCCCUCUUGACGCCACGCCCAGAUCCUCGAGUGCCACCGGCGAACCGCCCUGGAUCCCGCGGAGCAGGAGGCGGUCAAGCCGUCGCCGCCGCCGCCCCCCGGCCGCAUCCGCUACCGCACGCCUUCCUCGCCCGACCUCCUCGUCCCAGGCGCCGCCGACGCCGACGCCAAGAUGCGCCGCUACUCCGCGCUGCCCGCGGGCCGCCCCGACACGCUCGCCGACCGCGUCCACCGCUACCGCGGCGUGCUCCUCGUCAUCCUCGCGCCGCUCGCUCUCGUCUCCCUCGUGCUCCUCCUCAUGCCGCGCUCGCCCACGGGGUCCGCCGCCGCCGGCGUGGGCAGGAGGUGGGGCCCCGCCGGCACCAAGUACGCCGUCAUAUUCGACGCCGGGAGCUCCGGGAGCCGCGUCCACGUCUUCCGCUUCGACGGCAAGCUGGAUCUGCUCCACAUUGGCGACGACAUCGAGCUCUUCGUCCAGAAAAAGCCGGGGCUUAGCGCGUACGCCAAGGACCCGCAGGAGGCUGCCGAAUCGCUCGUCCCUCUACUUGAGGAUGCAAAGCGAGUGGUUCCCGCGGAAUUGCGUGACAAGACUCCUGUCAGAGUUGGGGCCACCGCCGGGCUAAGAGCAUUGGGAGCAGAAAAGUCCGAGCAGAUUCUGCAAGCGGUCAGGGAUCUUCUUCGCGAAAAGAGUUCAUUCAAAACCCAACCGGAUUGGGUUACAGUUCUUGAUGGAACUCAGGAAGGCGCAUAUGAAUGGGUUACCAUCAAUUAUCUGUUGGGAAAACUGGGGAAGACUUACGCAGACACAGUUGGAGUGGUUGAUCUUGGAGGUGGAUCUGUGCAGAUGGCAUAUGCAAUUGCAGAGAAGGAUGCGGGGAAGGCUCCUAAACCAUCAGAGGGUGAAGAUACAUACGUUAAGAAGCUAUUUCUUAAAGGAGCAACAUAUUAUCUUUAUGUUCACAGCUAUUUGCAUUAUGGGUUGCUGGCUGCUAGAGCAGAGAUCUUAAAAGCUGGCAAUGGUAAAGGUUACAGCUACUGUACGUUGAAGGGACAUCAAGGGCAAUACAAAUAUGGUGAUGGUAAAUUUGAAGCAUUAGCUUCGCCAUCUGGUGCUAGUUUUUCAAAAUGCAAGGCUGAUGUAGUGAAAGCUCUUAAAGUUGACCAAGCAUGCACUCACAUGAAAUGCUCUUUUGGUGGUAUUUGGAAUGGUGGUGGUGGCGCUGGACAGAAGAAUCUGUUUGUGGCAUCAUUUUUCUUCGAUAGGGCAGCUGAGGCUGGAUUUGUGAAUCCCAAGGCAGCUGUAGCUAAGGUUAAACCCUCAGAUUUUGAAAAGGCUGCGAAGCGUGCCUGCAAGUUAAACUUGAAGGAUGCCGAAGCUGCCUACCCUGGUGUCCAAAAGGAUAACAUCCCAUAUAUCUGCAUGGAUCUCGUUUACCAGUACACCUUACUUGUGGAUGGAUUCGGUGUUGGCUCACACCAAGAGAUGACCUUGGUAAAGAAAGUCCCUUACAGCAACGCGUUUGUGGAAGCAGCAUGGCCACUUGGAAGUGCCAUCGAGGUCGCAUCUUCAUAGACAGCACAAGUUUAGCAUGAGAGUGAAUCGACCAAAAGGAGGGCGUCUGUCGCCGUAAAUUUUUGGAUUUGGAGGGUAAGUGCGUUCGCUUCCUCGGUGCUGAGCAUGACCAUUUUGAUACUCGAAUCGAUUGAUUUAACCUGCUCCUAUACACUAGCCUGAUAAUUGAAUGAUACACAAGGACCCGCCAGCUUGCAUCAUGCAAGGGGUAUAUACAUUUUUUUUUUGUACUAUUGAAAGUAAGACAAGAGCCCUUCAUUCUUUCUUGAUUAUGGAGUAGCUAUUAUGUACUAAUGCCUAUACUUUACUUCCUUCCAUCUGUUAAAGAGUAGUUUGAGUAUUCUUUC